UUCAUUGUUCCGCUGUCAGUCGGGCUCUGAACGUCGUAUCGGUUGGUUCAAACAAACGAUGCCGGUCGACGUUUAACUUCGUCUCCCAAGUGCCGCAAUUCCAUAGAUCUGGCCCCGAAGCACCGCGUUUUGCACGGUUUUCGCAAAUUCUCGAAAACCAUGAUGAAAGAUAUCGAACACUUUCUAGAAGAUUCACCCCACCGCGAUAUAAAAUUGAACGAAGUUUUUAACAAAAUCACGGACAUUUUACAACAACAGACCGUAGUAACGCCGGCGAAACAAAAAAUGUCGUGUGAUGUUAUUGAAACAAUAAUGCCAGAAAGGAGCAGUGUGCCCAUCAACCAAGGGUUCGUAUCAGAAGACAUAGAGGAUAACGCAGCAUGCCAAGCACUAGCGUUAAGGCUGGAAGAGCAGCUGCGGGCAGCAAAGACAGCGCAGUUAGCCUGCGGAGAAGUGUUGCUGCCAGCAGACCUGCUGCCCAGAGUAGCCAGGGAUGUACUGCGAAUGGCGGAGAAUGAACCUUGCGGAUUGAGAGGCUGCACACUGUACGUUAACUUUGAGUCGGAGCAGGAGUGCCGCAAGAUCGGGACUGUCAAGUGCGACCCCAACACCGUGUCCACGUUUGAACUGUUCCUCACUCUCCGUAGAGACUCUCGGAGUACUUGGACAUCACUCAUCCCUCAGUUCAUCAAGAACCUGACCAAGGGAGGGACCAUCAUGAUCAGUCCGGGUUUCACUCUGGAGAAGAAGAAGCUGUACCGAUCCUUCGUCACGGAGUAGCGGCCACGGCGGCGCGACGAGAGCCAAGACUGACUGGGUGCACCAUUCGCAUUGUGAUCUUCUAAUGACUUUAACAAAUUCGUGAUUUGCGUUCGUGUUGUGAGCUUACAGUGUUGUCAUCUACACUCGUCAUUUGCAAUCGUUUUUAGUCAUUAUUGAUUUAAUUAAAGAUAUAUUAUAGAGUAACAAAUUUUUAACAUAUUUAAAAAGAUAUUCAGAUGCAAAGUUUAUUUUAUCGACCGCAGAUAUUUAGUUGUAGAAUAGGUAUAUUUAUGUACAUAAAAUUACGAAUUAUUUAGUUAUUGUUACUUUUUAAAAGUCUCGAUUGUCGAAUGUUUCGCGUUUCUUGAUAGUACAAGUCGCUCGGCGAACCAUAUCACCGCAAGCUUCGUUUUACGUAGUUUAGUUUACCUAAUAAUAUCGAUAUGUGAUCUUGUAAAUUUAGUGAUGAACUAUAUAUAUUUUGCAUCGAUACAAAUUAGUAUUUUAUUAUUGUAUUGAAGUUAUUGUGUUGAUUUUAACGACUUCUAAAUGUUAGUUGAAGUCUUGUGAUCCCGUCUAGGAGGUUUGCAGCUUUAAGAGUUUUUGUCUUUCAUGUUGAUUGUGGGCUCCAAGUUUGGUACUCGAGUUUCUUACUGCAAUAAUUUUUAACCCGAUGAAUUCUCUGUUGCCCAAAAAUGGAUGUUUCCCUUCAAAGUACUUACUGCACAGCCGACAACCCCUAGGAUUUUAUGUGAUUUUAUUACUUGUAGCUUUGUAAUUUUAUUUUAAAAUUUUAAUCCUCGUAUCUCCUGUUAGAGUAAGGCUCGAGUUGUAUGCAAUGUUCGUAAAGGUUUUGAUCUCAGCAUUCCGGAUAUACCGGUGUCAGUAUUCAUCCACUCAUGUACUCCACAUAGUAUGUAUGUGAACUGUGUGUGUUGAUCAUUUUUGUACUUUUUGUUAUGGAGAAUCUACUUUAAAAGAGAAAUAUUGAAAAAAUCAAUAAAAAGAAUUAACAUUCUUU